GAGACGGCCCCGGCCCCCAUUCUUAUCCUAGAGUGCCUACGGAUGUCCUCCGGGCGGAGCCUCGGGCAGCUUCCGGCCGAGGCGUGCAGCGGCGGUGCGGGCUUUGUGGCCGCCCGGGGUUGCGCGCUUGGAUGCGGCUCGGCUUGGUUCCGCGCCGUCCUCUCGCCGCCGGGCUCCGGGUGAGUGAGACGGCGCGGCUCGCGCCGGUGGGCGGGCUCGUAGCCGGCGGGGCUCAGCGAGUUGGUUGGUGUCCCGGGCUGGCUGUACUUGGCUUUUGCCGGUGUCCGCAGCUCCUCGCUUGGUUCGGGCCGGAGCCUUGCGUCUCCUCGCCGAGCUGGAGGUGGUAGAUGCAUAGACCGGUCGUCUGCGGACAUCGAGGCCCUCAAGCGUUGCACACUCAAGCGUUGCACACUCAAGCCUCGGCGCCUGCAGGUCAGGCCUCCCAGCGGCUGCUUGAAGGCUAGCUGCUCAGGUGAUGGAAUGCAGAUUCUGCUUUAGUUGCUGGUGGCAAGAAGGUGGUCCUGAAGCCUGACUGUCUGGGCAUGAAGAUUCACAUAAGAUGAUGUCAGACAAACUCACAGUGCUGGAGCCCUCUGCCCCUGAGUCUGGGGGAUUUCCUGAAGACAGAUUGGCACAGCUGUUGGGGAACGCAGAGGAGCAGGGCCAGGAGAGUCCCUCCUCUCAGGACGGGGGCUUCACUCAAAUGACAGUGACCCACUGGAAGAUUCACACAGGAGACACAGCCCAAGUGUGCAGUAAGUCAGGAAGAAAUCCCAUUCUCAAUUCAAACCUUCUUAUACUUCAGAGAGAGCUUAUAGACGGGGAGACCCGUUCCUGUGGUGUUGGUGGCCAAAGCUUCCCAUUUAAUUCCGAUGUAGUUCCACAUCAGCUUCCUCCCACGGGGGAGAAGCCUUGUACACGUGAUCAUCGUGGGAAAGACUUCAGUCAAACCUCCCUCCUCACUGAACACCAAAGAGUCCACGCUGGGGACAGACUCUAUGUGUGUGGGAAAGACUUCAUUCACUCCGCAAACCUCGUGGAGCAUCAGCAUGUCCACCCAGGAGAAAAGCCCUUCAAGUGUGCACAGUGUGGGAAAGCCUUUUGUCACAGCUCAGACCUGCUUCGGCACCAGAGAGUUCACACCAGAGAGAGGCCUUUUGAGUGCAAAGAGUGUGGGAAAGGCUUCAGCCAGAGCUCCCUACUCAUCCGCCAUCAAAGAAUUCACACAGGAGAAAGACCCUAUGAGUGUAACGAGUGCGGGAAAUCCUUCAUUCGGAGCUCAAGCCUUAUCCGCCAUUACCAGAUCCACACAGAGGUUAAACAGUAUGAGUGCAGAGACUGCGGCAAAGCCUUCCGACACCGAUCUGACCUCAUUGAGCACCAGAGGAUCCACACUGGGGAGAGACCCUUUGAGUGUCAGGAGUGUGGGAAGGCCUUUAUUCGAAGCUCAAAGCUCAUUCAGCAUCAGAGAAUUCACACCGGAGAACGGCCUUAUGUGUGCAAUGAGUGUGGGAAGCGCUUCAGCCAGACGUCCAACUUCACCCAGCACCAGAGAAUCCACAGCGGAGAAAAACUCUACGAGUGUGACGAAUGUGGGAAGGCGUUCUUUCUGAGCUCCUACCUUAUCCGACACCAGAAGAUCCACACUGGUGAGCGGGUGUAUGAAUGUAAAGAGUGUGGGAAGGCUUUUCUGCAGAAGGCCCACCUCACAGAGCAUCAGAAGAUCCACACUGGAGACAGACCCUUUGAGUGCAAAGACUGUGGGAAAGCCUUCAUCCAGAGUUCGAAGCUAUUGUUGCAUCAGAUUGUUCACACUGGAGAGAAACCCUACGUGUGCAGUUACUGCGGGAAAGGCUUUAUUCAGAGAUCCAACUUCCUUCAGCACCAGAAGAUGCACACUGAAGAGAAGCUCUACAAGUACAGCCAGCAUGGGAAAGAUCUUAGCCCACCCCCAGAUCUUGUUCACCAGGGGGAUCUUUCCCUAAGUGAGACCUCUGUUCAUUUAGGAGAGAGGUCUAUAGAUCAGGAGUGUUGUGGAGAUAAUUUAUAAGACAGUCACUGUGAGUCAGGUGGUGCUUGUAAACGGGCAUACUUUGUACGUAUAUGGCCUAGAAGAUGUGGAUUGUCACAGUUUUUCAAGUCUGUUUUUGGUUUGUUGUCUGUCACCGGGGCAAGCAAGCUGAAGGACUGGACAGCUGAUCUGAGUUGUACACGGAGGGAGAGCAUCUAGAGAAUUUUCUAGAUUUUAUUUGAAGUUAAAACACUCUCAAGUUAAAUCCUUUUAGAGAAGAACUGUAUUAUUACUUGAGAAAUGUUUCCCCCAAAACUGCAGGUUGGCUCCCCUGUUGUCUGGGACUCAUCUCUGAGCCAUGGAGUUUAGUCUCUGGCCUUUGCUUCCUCAACUGUGAUGCCUGGUAAUGCAGCUGAUGUGAUUGCCUCCCACUUCAUCCAGGCUGCUCCCACUCUGUUCCUGGUGUCUCCCAGUCCCUCCUGAUCAUUGUGUGAGGCCUCUCUCAGACGUCAUGCCCAAAGGCACUUCCCCAGGACUGAGCUGGGUUUGUGUCUUGUGCUUCUGAUGCUCAGUGCUUACCACUGCUACUGUACUUGCUGUUAAAUACCACAGCUAUGAAUUUUCUCUUUCCCAUUAUGCUGUUUCUUGAGGACACUAAUGAUAUGUCAUUGAUUCCUAUGUCCCUAGUGUCUCGUACAUGACAAUAAAAAAACCCAAGUCUGUGUAAUUGGCAUA